AUUGGCAACCUACGGCAACCUUAAACCAUCAAAAAUUGUGGCCCCUCGGCCGUCCCUCCAGGCCGUCCUCCAGUCAGACCUUUCGCCUGUCUGGGGCUUCACAACCUCCCACUUUGACUGCUCCAUCCGCCCAACUUUACGAGUCUCGAGUUUCAAACUGCUCACGUUCUUCCCCCUCGCCAAGUCGAAGCUUGAACCUGCAGACAAGCCUUCUUCUCAUCCAUCCAGUCCAUUCUCCAUCCUCCCGUCACUGUGGUUGUUGCGAUCUUCACCAAAGCUUGGCCACUCCUCUACAUUGUUCAUUCUAUCUGCAUCGUAACCACCUCACAAUCCCUACAGGGACAUAUUCGACAAUACCUGAGAAUCGACAGGCGCCUUCGCCUCUCCUAGGCCUUCGUACCUCCCUCUCGUCCUCCGCCCAUCGCCGCCUAAACACCACCUCUUCUUGUGGCAUCCCACGCCACGAAUCCCGCACCCAGCUCACCACUUGCCUGCGCCCUCUAGAAGAAGCAUGCGCGUCGCACUCGAUUCGUACUACAUACCUUGAGAUCUACCAUUCGCCAUCUUUCUAAAUAUUCUUCAACACCGUAUACCUGGUCGCUGAGCUGAUGAGCCGCUGAAUGGGUGCAGUAUUUCCAACCCUCACCUCAUUCCCUCCGAGUCCGACACAGCCACACCCACCCUACUCGCGUCCUUUCCCCCGCCCUUCCACAUCAGUCUCUCAAACCAAGGAGUAUAUUCAUUAGAGGAGCGUUAUCGACCAUGCUGUGGUCGAUUGCACCAUCAAAACAGUAUUGAAUGGAUCAGGUCCUCAUGGCGAUGCCAUUAGAGACACUGCUCACCAACCCAAACCCGCCAGUGCCUCGUUCACGCUCCAUUCUGUCCUACUUCUCCAAUCCACUCUCAAAACAUGCCCGGAAUAUGUUUGAAUUGGUUAUUGAACCCGAGGAUCCCUUCAGGGUCUACGCACCGGGUCAAACAGUCAAAGGUCACAUUGCACUGACCGUGACAAAAGGGUUUGACAUCACUCAUCUCGUCGUUGCCUUACACGGAUAUGCAAAAGUCUACAAACAUCAAGUCACCACUGGCGAACCCCCUCCUACUGCCGAGUUGUUGAUGACAGGCAAAGGUCCUCGAAGUUUUGAAUAUCAUGGCAACGGUCUGGCCUCGCUUUUCCAAAAUGAGCAGGUUCUUUGUGGCAAUGGUUUUCUCAAGAAACAAGUGUACCGCUUUGCCUUUGAGGUUCCAUUUCCCACCAAAGGCCUUCCGAGCACCAUUGAUUUCGAACGAGGCACCAUCUCUUACAUGCUGACUGCGACUUUGACACGUCCCACCACCAUCAGCCCCACGACCACGCGCAGUACGCCGGUCAAAUUUCAGGAUCACAUUGACAUUGGGUCCAUGUACAUUCCCAAGUCAAGAAUCAUCUCACUGGAACCUUUGUCAAGACGUGGAAAGGUCAAGAAGGUCAAGGCUUCCUCUUCCGCGACCACCGCCACGACGUCAAGUGCCGGUCAGUUGACGAGGAAGAAUACCCAUAACAGUAUUGCCACACGGAGCUCCAACUCUAUCAACAACCCACCCUUAAGUCCUGCCCCCAGCGACGACACCGUAAACACCAAUACAACCUCGACGAGCACGCAAAGCUAUCAGAUGGUCGAGCGCUCCGAUUCGCCACCAACAAAAACGAGUCCACAGACGAGUGACUCGAGAAGCAAUGCCACCAGCUCAUCCACGCAGACCAUCACCGCCGUCGCCGAGUUACCUAGACAUGGUGCCCUUCCAGGAGAUCAAGUUCCGAUCCGUGUCUCCAUCACACACACCAAAGCCGACGUCCGCGGAAUGGUGAUUGCGACUUUAUACAGACAAGGCAGGGUAGACUUACAUCCCGCAAUUCCCUUGGCUACUCGCGGAAAGGAAAAGCGGCCAGAAUACGAAGAUGUCUAUCCCAAGUCACGCACUGGCCUUGGCGGCCUCUACUUUGCCAACAGCUCCCCCAGCAGUGUAUUUCGGAAGGAUCUGGCGCAAACUUCAACUAUGAUGAUUAUCAAUCCGCGCACAAUGACCUCUGAAAUUACUACCACGCUCAAAGUUCCAGAGUCUUCAUUUCCAACAAUCUCCAACGUUCCCGGCAUGAUGAUAUCCUUUACCUAUCACGUCGAAGUCCUGGUUGAUCUCUUCGGUAGAUUGAACGAAACCCGGAUAUUACCACGUCUCACGUCAAGUGAGCCAACAUUCACGCACCAUGUAGAAAGUGGCAAUCAGCUGACGUCCGACUGGUCGCACAAUGUCUUGGAUACGACUCCCUUGCGGCGCACGAAAAGUGUCAUCACCUUCGAAAUGUCAUUGGUGGUUGGGACCUUGGAUAGUGCGAGAAAGCAAAGGCAAAUGAAACAAAUGGAUCUCCAAAAGGUGGAACAAGGACCACAGUGGCCUGAGGAUGAGUGGUAUGGCGAAGACGAGCAGGAGUACUUCCAACAGUAUUACGAUGAUCACGCCAACCAUUACCAUGGAGGGUACGAGCAUGGUGGGUAUAACGACGCCUUCCAUCAAGACGCAUACAACCAUGAAGUGUUCAAUCAUGAUCCAAAUUACCAGGACUACCCAACUCCAGGAACCGACAUCAUUCCUCCUCCUGAGCCACAUGAAGAAGUCGAUGAGAAAACUCGUUUACGCCGACAGGAGCAGUUGCUACUACCUAGCCAGCCACCCCAGGAAGGUGAGCCAUCGAGUGCACCUCCAGCGUUCACACCAUCAGCCCCAGUACUCCCAACUGGAGGGCCGAACGACGAAAUUGAGAAUCUUCAUGAUGGCAGCGCGACACCCUCAACACUACAUCCCUCGUCCGUGACUUCUGGCCGGUCAGGUGACACAGUCAGACCGUAUUCGACCUCUCCGCCACCAGCGCCGCCCUCAGGUGGGGAGCAGGAAGCCACCGAUGACAAACAUGAAUUGGAGCGGCGAAGGUUGAUGACACGUGCCAGUGCGCCUCCUGGAGACGAUGAAGCGGAGGGGUCAAGCAGCUCAAACCCGCCGAUGGUCGGAGCAAGUGCUCCAACUAUUGAUGAAGAGAAUGAAUAUACUGUACAAACACUACAUGACGACGAAACAGGUCCGGAAUUACCACAGUAUUCGCGUUGACCCAGGCGCGGAUCUUUACUUGGCAGAGUAUUCUGCAUAUCAGCGACGGCGCUCGAGGAUGGCAGGGCCCGGCAUAUCGGAUUUGGCUUGGAAAAUGCAUAUCCUUACAUGAAGCGAUGGAUAGGGACAGAUGAGGCUGGUGAUGAUGGAAACAGUCGCACGGUCGGUCCCUUUGGGCAGAAAAAUUCUUACAGAUAUGAUGUUAGUAUCCUUCAAGUAGUGGAUAUUAGCAGAGCCAUCAAAAUAGAGAAUGUGAAAUGAAGUGGACAAACGAUCCCACGCGAUCCAUAAUUGGUGAUAGCCGCAACAGCCAAUGGUUUAUCCACCUUAGUACUGGCCCUCUAUUGAGCCAAAUAAUGAUGAUGAUCGUCCUGUCUGGGAUCUGAAGACUACAAUUUUAC